CCCAGAUAUAGUCCAUAACGAUAGAUUGAGAAAGAGCCGCGUGAUGAUGAUCAUAAAAGUCACGGAUGCCCCAGGCGCCAAGGCGGUGAGAAGCGCAACCUCAACCGCCUCCCCGCAAGCUUUCGGCUGGUCAUCGACGUCAGCCUCACAGAACCCCCCGUCGUCGUCAACAUGAAGAUCGUUUACAUCGGAAUCCUCCAGAAUGGCCAGGCUCCCGCGGUGGAGCUCUGCGCAGAGCGUGAGCUUAGCAGCUACUCGCGCUUUACCAGGGGUAGCAUUAGCGAGUUCAUGACUAUGUUCAGCAAGACUGUCGCCGAACGCACGAAACAAGGCCAACGACAGGAUAUCCAAGAGCAAGACUUCACAUUCCACGUAUACGCGCGCACCCAGGGUAUCGCCGGUGUCAUCAUCAGUGAUAACGAGUACCCUUCUCUCGCCGCUCACCAGGUCCUUUCCAAGACUCUUGACGAAUUCCUCACCCUCCAUCCGAACGCUGGUUCCUCGCGGGAACCGAUCUCCUUCCCCUCGCUGAAGACCUACAUCCAAGCCUACCAGGACCCUCACCAGGUGGACAGCAUCCUCAAGAUCCAGAAGGAGCUGGAUGAGACGAAAAUCGUACUUCACAAGACCAUCGAGAGUGUCCUCGAACGCGGCGAGAAGAUCGAUGAUUUGGUAUCCAAGUCGGAGGGUCUGAGUGCACAGUCGAAGAUGUUUUACACCUCGGCGAAGAAGCAGAACUCCUGCUGUGUGAUCAUGUGA